GCCCCGAGCCAAGAUGGCGGCGGCCGCGCGCGCGCUGCGGGUCCUUCCCCGUGUCCCCAGCGCCACCCGGCAGCUCCACACCACCCCUGCCUGCCUCAAGACGCGGGCAGCGCGGGUGCGUGUGGGCAAGGGGGACAAGCUGGUGACGUACGAGCAGGCGCACCCGCCACACCACAUCGGGCACCGCAAGGGCUGGCUGUCCCUGCACACCGGUAACCUGUGUGGCGAGGCGGGCGCGGCGCAGCGGGCGGUGGAGGACGCGUUCCUGCGGCGGUUCCUGUACGGGACAUUCCCGGGGCUGCUGGCGGACGAGGUGGUGCUGAAGCGGCGCGGGAACCUUCUGGUGAUCUGUGCCCUGCUGGGCCGGGCACUGCCACCCCACAAACUCUACUUCCUGCUGGGCUACACCGAGACCCUGCUCAGCCACUUCUACAAGUGCCCCGUGCGCCUGGAGCUGCAGACCGUGCCCGCUCGCGUGCCCUACAAGUGCCUGUAGGGUCAGGAAUAAACCCAUAGGUGUCCCCAUGGAAUGCUCUGUGCCCUACAGGUGCCUGUAGGGUCAGGAAUAAACCCAUAGGUGUCCCCAUGGAAUGCUCUGUGCCCUACAAAUACCUGUAGGGCUGGGAAUAAACCUAUAGAUGUCCCCAUGGAAUUCUCUGGAAUGUCUUCUGUGCCCUACAAGUACCUGUAGGGUUGGGAAUGACCCUAUAGGUGUCCCCAUGGAAUGCUCUAGAAUAUCCUCUGUGCCCUACAAAUACCUGUAGGGCUGGGAUAAACUCAUAGGUGUCCCCAUGGAAUGCUCUGGAAUGUCCUCUGUGCCCUACAAAUACCUGUAGGGCUGGGAUAAACUCAUAGGUGUCCCCAUGGAAUGCUCUGUGCCCUACAAAUACCUGUAGGGCUGGGAAUAAACAUAAACAUCCCCAUGGAAUGCUCUGUGCCCUACAGGUGCCUGUAGGGCCGGGAAUAAACCCAUAGGUGUCCCCAUGGAAUGCUCUGUGCCCUACAAAUACCUGUAGGGCUGGGAAUAAACCUAUAGAUGUCCCCAUGGAA